GCUUCAUCGUCAUGGAACGUGUUCAGAAAAUAGCAGGAAACGAGCACCAUCACAACUUCCGACCCGCCCCCAUCAUCGAGACCAUCUCGCUGUACUCACUGGAACUGGACGCUGAUUCGACAGAACCGAAUCAAUCUGCCGCCAGUUCCUCAGUUUUUCACCAAACACAAACCUGUCGAAAAGUACUACCGAUGCUCAUCAGGAGAAGCUAGAAACAGCUACACCGAACAGCUAUCCCAAAGCUCAAGGUACCGUACCCCCCCUCCUACCUCGGGACCACCUCCAUCUUGGGAACAACAUCAAGCCAUGGCGCCACCACCACCCCGGCAACCGCGCCAAUUGAGCUUGGUGCUCACCCUCUUCCUCCUCUGUUUCAAUGUCCUCUUCGGCCAAGCCGCCGCCCAAGAGGACGAGGCCAUCCUCAACAGCGAGAUUGCUCGACUCAACAACCAGAGCUUGCUAUGGGGUCCCUAUCGUCCCAACCUCUACUUUGGCGUCCGCCCCCGCAUCCCCAAGGCCUUGAUGACGGGUCUGAUGUGGGGCAAGGUUGAGACAUACACCGACUACCAGACCUCUCUCCGGUACACAUGCGAGCAAAAUGAGGGCAUGAAGGGUUAUGGCUGGGACGAGUACGACACUAGGAGGGGCGGUGUUCAGUCCAUCCACGACACCGAGAACGGCAUCGACAUCACAACCUCCUUCGUCAAGGUUCCCGGCGGCGCGACCGGCGGUAGCUGGGCUGCCAGAGUCAAGGGUCGGCUCCAAGAAGGUGUACCCUCGGACCGCAAGACUGCUGUCAUCCUCUACGUAACACAGGAGGGACUUGGCACCCUUGAGGCGGCCAAGGGAGAUGAUGAGAAUGGCUAUGAGGGCCAUGUCACCCUCAACGGCAACUCUGCCGCCCUCGGAGACUACAAGCUGGUCCUCACCAAGGGCAAGGGCAAGCACCCCAAGAGCGACCACAAGGUCACCGAAGUGCGUGGUGAUGCCCACACUGUGGUUCAGUCCUUGACCUACCAGGAAGAGUUCCUUUGGCAGGCCAAGGGCAUCGUCUUCAAGCAGCUCAAGGAAAGUGUCGACGCUUUCGUCGAAAAGUACUUUGACAAGGAAGACCCCCCACCGGCCUGGCAGGUAUUCCAGCUCGAGAAUCGCCCUGGAGCUGGAAAUGUUCACAUCAUUCAGAGGGUCUUUGAGGGUGACUUUGAGUUCGACAUUUUGUUCUCCAGUGCAUCGGCUGGCAAGGAGCUCUCAAGUGCCGAUCUGACCAGGGAGAUCCAGGAGGCUACUGAGUCGUUUGGUGAACGCUUCUCGAGCGUGUUUGCCAUCAAGGCUCCUUUUACCGCUGAAAAGUAUGAAAAGUUUGGCAGGAGCAUGUUCUCCAAUCUCAUUGGCGGUAUCGGUUAUUUCUUUGGAGAGUCAGUGGUUGACCGUUCGUAUGCACCCGAGUAUGAGGAGGAUCACGAGGGAUUCUGGGAAGAGGCUGCUGCGGCCAGAGCUCGCAACAAGCCCACCCUUGAGGGCCCUUAUGAGCUCUUCACCAGCGUCCCUUCCCGACCCUUCUUCCCCAGAGGCUUCUUGUGGGAUGAGGGCUUCCACCUGAUUCCCAUUGCAGACUGGGACAUUGAUCUUGCCAUGGAGAUUGUGAAGAGCUGGUACAACCUCAUGGACGAGGAUGGCUGGAUCGCUCGUGAGCAGAUCCUGGGCGCAGAAGCCAGGAGCAAGGUUCCCGAGGAGUUCCAGACCCAGUACCCCCACUAUGCCAACCCUCCUACGCUGUUCUUCAUUGUCGAUACCUUUGUCAACAGGCUGCGCAACGCUAAUGGCACCAUGCCUGCUGUCAAAGAACACCUCUCCCAAGGCGUCUCUCUUUUCAGUGCGUCUAUCGACAACGUUGAGGUAGGACUCGAGUAUCUCCGCCGCCUCUACCCGCUUCUUCGCCGCCAGUUCUACUGGUUCAAGAAGACACAGUACGGUGACAUCAAGUCCUACGAUCGCGACGCCUAUUCCUCCCGUGAGGCUUAUAGGUGGCGCGGCCGCACCCUCACGCACUGCUUGACCAGUGGCUUGGAUGACUACCCUCGCCCUCAGCCACCUCACCCUGGUGAGCUCCAUGUCGACCUCAUGUCGUGGGUUGGCCUAAUGGCUAAGUCGCUGGCCAACGUCGCCGAAGUCAUUGCGCCCGAGGAGGUUGAGGAUUACACAAAGGUUCUCGACGGAAUCGAGCACAAUCUCGAUGACCUGCACUGGUCUGAGAAGGACGGCUGCUACUGCGAUGCCACCAUUGAUGAGUUUGAGGAGCACCAACUCGUGUGCCACAAGGGAUACAUCUCCCUCUCCCCAUUCCUGACUGGUCUGUUGAAGCCCGAUAGUCCCAAGCUCGGCAAGAUUCUGGCCCUUAUUGGUGAUGAGGAGGAGUUGUGGAGCCCUUAUGGCAUUCGUAGCCUGAGCAAGAAGGAUGAGAACUACGGCACUGCCGAGAAUUACUGGAGAAGUCCCAUCUGGAUCAACAUCAACUACCUUAUCAUCACCCAGCUUCACAACCUUGCAACCCAAGAAGGGCCCUACCAAGAGACGGCCCGCGACAUGUAUCAAAGACUGCGCAAGAACGUUGUCGAAACCAUCUACAACAGCUGGGAGGAAACUGGCUUUGCGUGGGAACAGUACAACCCGGAAACGGGCAAGGGUCAGCGUACACAGCACUUCACCGGCUGGACCAGCUUGGUGGUCAAGAUCCUAGCCAUGGAGGACCUGCCCGAGGCUGCCCCAGUGGCCCCGGUUGAAUCACAGUACGUCAAGGACGAGCUAUGAUGAGAUUGAGCUGUCGUCUAAUCAGGCUACAUCGCUAGAAACGACAUACCGGAGUUGUAAAUAGAGGUGAUGAAGAGGUAUGGGCUGUCUUGAAGAAAUAUCACUGUAUCGAUGGACAUGACCGCUUAACUACGUGCCACUGUCGGUUGUCCUUUGUUUGGAUAUUGUCUUGUUAAGGCUUGUGCGUGUGUAGUCAGGGGGUGGCGCAGUUUGGUCUGUGCCAUAUACAACCCUAACCCGGGACCCUUACUCUGCUGUAAAAGGGUGCUAUAUUUGGCCCAAUGUAGCUCUUUGCUCCGGAGCCCCGCGAGGCACCCCUGACUCUAAAGUUACAGUUACGUGAUAAGCCCAGGUCCGGGCAUCAACAUGGG